AUGCCAUAUUCAUUUCACAGCCAUUCAGGACAAUUCUGUCAUCAUGGUCAUGGUCUCUUGGAAGACGUAGUGAAGGAAGCUAUUCGAAAAAAAUUUCGUGUCUAUGGUCUGACGGAACAUAUGCCCAGAUACGCAGAAUCUGAGCUUUACCCAGAAGAAAUAGAGGCCAACUGCACGCCAGAGACACUCGAACAGACUUACAAGGACUUUUAUGUAGAAGCAAAACGUCUAAGAGACUUAUACAAGGAUCAGAUAUCACUUUUGAUAGGAGUAGAGAUUGAGUAUAUCCAUCAUGACUAUUGCAACUAUGUCGCCCGAUUGAAAGACGAGGUGGAUUAUGUGGUUGGAUCACUUCAUCAUGUCAACACAGUGCCUAUUGAUUUCUCACCAGAAUUGUAUCAGAAAGCUUUAACAGAGGUCAAUGGAAACCUUGUUGAUCUCUUUGUGCGGUAUUUUGAUGAGCAAUGGGCCAUGCUUCAGGCAGUUCAGCCUCAAGUCGUUGGCCAUUUUGAUCUGAUCAGGAUCUUUGCUGAUCCUUCUUUGGCAGAUAAAGUGUUGCUUACACCUAUUGUUUGGGAGUGUAUCGUUCGUAACGUAGAUUUCAUCAUUGGCUAUGGCGGUCUAUUUGAAAUAAAUUCAAGGUCUUGGAAAAAGAACUUGACAGACGCUUAUCCACAAAGAGACAUCAUCAAGUUGAUCAAACAAAAGGGGGGCAAGUUUACCUUAUCGGAUGACUGUCACGGUCCAAAGGAUGUGGGCUUAUUUUAUGAAAAGAUACCUCAGUAUUUAAUAGAAAAUGGUAUUGACAAUGUUUAUUAUUUAUCAAAAGAAGGACAAGGUAUUGUUGUCAAGGAGCAUAGAGAUGUAGUAAAAGAUGAGUUUUGGAAUCACUUAUCAAACUGGUAA